UAUUACUAGUUAGUACAUGUAAAGUAAAUGAAAAUUAAGUUAUAUGUUGAUGAUAGUGCUAGUGCAUGGAUUGACCUGUAGCCAUUUUUAUACUUUACCCAUAAUGUGCAUUAUGUAUUACUGUAUUAUGUGACACGAAAUUAUUUUUUUACAGGAUUUACCAAAAAACAAGCGGACGAACAUAAAUAAGAUCGACUCGUACUUUCAACUGAUUCAAAAAAAGAGUAGACGACAUCAGUCACAAGAGGACAACUCUCAGCAUCAUCAUGAUGAAUGCCUUCAUGCUGUCACUAAACACGGACCAGUUACGAGUGAAACAGUCAUCUGUGAGCCUUCUACAUCUAAGAUGUUCACGACAGACAGCAGUGCACACAGUGAGUCCACAACCUUCGAAGCAUAUCCAAAGGAUGUUCUUACAGAGUCAGCACCAAAGAACCUGAAUGAUAUAGCUGAUAUAGGACUCCAUGCUGGGAAAAAAGUAGAUGAUUUCACCAAGUGUCUGCUCCUUGAAAAGCCAUGGCAUCCUACAGAUGACUAUUGCUACCCGUACUCAGUACACUCAAAAGGUGAGGGGAAAACUGUUAGACGGUAUCUUUCUAAAUCGCACAUUGAUAAAUACCAUUGGCUGGUAUACUCUGAUGUCAGUAAAGGUUUAUUUUGUAAAUACUGUGCUCUUUUUGCACAAGAAAAAGUAGGACACAACAAAGGUGUAAAAGUUAACAGACUUGUAAUGGAGGCUCUUACAACUUUCAAAGACCUCACAGCAAAUGAUGGCUACUUAGAAACGCACGAAAGAAGUAACUACCACCGAGCUUGUGUUGCAUCAGGCAAGGAUUUCCUCAGGACAUACAAAGCUCCUGAAAAAGAAAUUCUAAAUCAAAUUAGUUCUCAGCGACUACUUUUAGUUGAAGAAAAUCGUGCCAGGCUACGCCCAAUAAUAGAGACGGUAAUAUUUAUGGGGCGUCAAAAUAUAUCUUUUAGAGGUCACAGGGACGAUGGGGAACUGUGUUUAGAUUCCGAAUCAAGGUCUGUCACCAACGAAGGUAAUUUUAGGGCAUUGCUUAACUUUCGAAUUCAGGCUGGGGAUACAAAACUAAGGGAACAUUUAGAGAAUGCUUCUUCUCGUGCUACUUACAUCAGUAAGACUACCCAAAAUGUCAUAAUCAAGUACUGUGCAGAAGAAAUUUCUAAUGUGAUUAUUGAAAGAAUCAAGAAUGCUAAGUACUGGUCAAUCAUUUUUGACGAAACAACAGACAGAGCACACGCCGAGCAAAUGACGCUUAUAGUUAGAUAUGUAUAUAACAGCACUGUAAGGGAAGAUUUCCUAUUCUUUGUAGAUGCAUUUAAAUCAUUGCAAAAUCCACAUGUAGAUAAUCAAGGUCCAGAUGUAGUACGAAAAGAAGUAAGGUUAACAGCAAAUGCUUUAGCCCGGAUAGUUAUUGACUACACAAAGGACCUUGGUCUUGAUCUCAACUACUGUGUUGGUGUUGGUACAGACGGAUGUGCAUUUAUGACUUCCGAGAAAUGUGGUGCUGUGUCAGAACUUCUCCGGGUUGCUACGAAUGCCAAGCAUGUAUCGUGCUACAAUCAUGCAUUAAAUAAUUCUAUCUCAAAAUCAUCAAAGAUUCAGAGUGUAAGGAAUGCUACAGCUGUUAUGAAAGAAGUUAUUGCUUUCUUCAGUCAGUCUGCUAAGAAAAAUGCUGUCUUGAAAGCUCAUGUAGGCUCCCAACUUAUACGCUUGUGUGAAACUCGCUGGGUUGAAAGGCAUGAUGCUGUUAUCCUUUUUUUUUAAUGCCUUGCCAAAAAUUGUAGAAGCCUUGGCAGAAAUCAGCGAGUGGUCCGAAUCUGAGUCUGCAAAAAAAGCUGUGCUCUAUGCCAACUCUGUAUCCAGCACAGAAUUCAUUUUUUCAUUAAUUAGCUUGAUUGAUGUACUUAAGCGUACUCUGCCACUUAGUCGUCACUUACAGUCACCUUCGCUUGAUUUGAGAGGAGCCUCUGCUGCUGUACAGGAUACACUGGCUACACUGCGUACACUGAGACAUGAUAGUGAGAAAUGUUUUUCAGUAGUGCACAAAGAUGCCACAUGUACAGCUACUCAGCUAGGAGUUGACCUCACAAUGCCACGCCUUGCUGCAAGACAAAUGCACAGAGCAAACUACGACACCAACAGCACCGAGGAAUUCUACAGGAAAUCCAUUUACAUUCCACUGUUGGACAGUGUUAUAACUGACCUGGAGCAACGAUUCUCACAGAAAUCAUUACAAUGUUAUGAUUUGCGCCUUUUUUUGCCUAUUUUCAUAUUGAAGGAUGGUGACCGUGACUUCGAGUCAAGAAUAGGAGCUCUUGUUGAUUUUUACAGCCCUCUUCUUCAAGAAGGUGUCCGAGAUGGCAGAACUGUUGCUACUGUUCUAGAUGGUGACAUGUGUAUUUGGAAGGAAAAGUGGAAGAGAGAGAGCAAACAAGGCCACCCAUUUCCAGAAACUGUGCUUGAUGUGAUUGACUCUUGUGACAUUGAUUUAUUUCCAACUAUUCGACGCUUCUUGGAAAUACUUCUCACUUUGCCUGUUAGUGUUGCAAGUGCAGAGAGAUCUUUCAGCAGCCUACAACUUGUUAAAUCAUGGCUACGAACGCGAAUGACAGAGGAAAGGUUGAAUGGCUUGUGUAUGUUAUUUGUUCAUCGUGAUAUAAAUGUUGACGUUGAUAGAGUUCUAGAACGUUUCUCUAAAGUGGGUAAACGAAGGAUCGCUUUGGAUUUUAUUUUGUAAUAGGCAUGCAUUUUGCCUAGAAUGGUUACCAAACAGAUUCCUAAUCAGUAUUCAAUAAAAUUGUUUUUUGUAUUUAUAUUUAUGUUACUAGUAGUGACUCAGUGACUGAAAGUGAUGUAUUAUGUACAUAUUAGAUUGUUUAAUGUGCUUUAAAAUGUGUAAAUGUACUAUUCUGUAAAAUUAACUUUUUUUAACAUAAUGAAAAUAACUUGUCAUUGAAACUGAAACUAAUAAAACAUAUUAAUAUAAUGAAUUUCUUGUAUAAUUAUGAAAUCUGUUGAUUGGAUGUUAUGUGUAGUGUCUGUAGAUUAAACAUUUUUAGUAUUUUUUUUACAUAUAUUCUCUAGAUACUCAGAAAUCCUAGAGUGCCCCCUCCGAGGUGACCUUCUGGAUCCGCCACUGCUUCCACGACCCAUCUCUAAUCCAACCUGACCACCUUAAUGAUCUGGGAUACGAUCUCCAAACGCGCACUGCGAGUAGGCGGUAGGCGAAAGUGUUGUCGGGUUUCUGCAGGGCGUAUCAUGGUUUUAAAAUACUUACUACUAGCCACGGGCGCUCUCUACAAUCAGAGAGUCAUUUUACAAGCUCCCCAGUAGCGAGGCUAUGCCCAUUAAUGAUAGUUCCUGCGGAGGGUUCUAUUUGACCAGUUCAUUUGGCCAGUGAUCGCAGCCUCGUACAUAGAACUUUGGAAAUUGACGAUAUUUUGUCAUGAGCGAUGAGGUGCAGUCGAACUCCCGCCUGUGGCUUGUAGUUAGUAUUGAGAAUACCACAGUGAGGCCCACAGGCGGAGAACCCAUCAUCGCUGCCGCCGAAACGAAGUCGUCAACAUGACGGACCUAAAUGUUGAAGAAUAAACCUAUGUAUAAAUAUUCCAAUUCCUAAACAUUGGGGGAUUCACGGAUCGUAUUGGUGUAACAAAUGAAUAUUUAUAGUAUCAAAACUAUCCUCGAAUACAUACAGUAAACUUGAGUAGUCAUAGCAAGGAGUAAUCACAACUUUUUAAAUCUGUUUGAAAUUAGGAAUUUUGACGUGACAACGUCUAAUAAAUCGAUGAACGCCGGCUGCACGCACGAAAAAGUGUCCCGUUACGCACAUUGUUCCGUUACGCUGUGUCCCGUUACGCUUAUUGUUCCGUUACGCUGUGUUCCGUUACGCUGUCGGCGAUUGUAGUAAUAAUAGGUUAUGUUAUAAUUGACUAAAAAAUUAUGGUGUUUCAUAUAUUUGAUAAUAGAUAUUUGAUUACAGUUUAUUUAUAUGAAAACUUGUUCAUAAUUAUAUUUAAACUUUAUAGCUAAACGCCAGUUUUUAAAAUUAAUUACAAGUCAUCUACACGUGAACUGUUUCGUCGACUGUUUAUAAAGUGAAAUGAAAAGUUAAUGUAGUUUUCAUUGCUUAUUACAACAAUUUCGGC